GUCAUCCCACCAUGGACUCAAAGAAAAAAAACAAGACCCGCUCUUCAAAGGCUGGGAUCAUUUUCCCCGUCGGCCGCAUCCAUCGGCUGCUAAAAAACGGGAACUAUGCGAGGAAAGUCGGCGUUGGAGCAGCUGUGUACCUCGCUGGGGUUGCAGAGUAUUUGGCAGCUGAGAUUCUGGAGUUAGCAGCGCAAGCGGCCCAGGAUAAUAGCAGAAGUCGGGUAGCUCCGCGCCAUAUCCUGCUAGCAGUCAAGAAUGAUGAUGAGCUCCGGAAACUCCUGGCUGGCGUCGUUAUCUCUGAAGGCGGGGUGCUGCCCUCCAUACGUAAGGAGCUGCUGCCGAAGAAGACGAAUAAACCGGGGUCGCAAGAAGAUUGA